GAACACGUUUAUUGCCUGAUCUCACCCACCACAGGUAACACAUCCGCGUCCAUCCAUCCGUCUCAUUGUUCUUCGCAAAAAAAUAAUAAAUUCGCAAUGAAAACUUGCCUACUCGUCGUGGUCGGGACGUUCCUUUUCGUCGGAGGAGUCGCCGCCGCCUCCACGACCUCCAAACUUUCACCGUCCGUGUUGGUAUCAAAAAGUAGUAAAAAGACGAGUUCGUCGUCAUCCCCCCAAAUUUUGUCCGAGGGGGAAAAUGUGUUUGUCCGUUUAGCAAAAAGUGUGGCGUACGAGGCCAUGCAAGAAUUUAGUGAGGAGGGCAGGCGAAAUCCGAGAUUCGGGAUUACCAUGAAUCUCGGAAAUCUUACCGAUCUCUCGUCACUCUUCAACAGUACGAACGGCUCCGCAGGAAAUUUGACGGGACUCGCAGCCUUGGCCGGGGUUCCGGUGGCGAUUAAGGUUUCUUCGUUGGGGGUUAAAGGUGCCCUGUUGGGAGGACUGCUUGGACUAAAGGCGUUCAUCAUCAACAUUGCCAUCACGCUGCUCUGGUUGGCCUUCCUCAUUUCAGGAACGGCCUAUUUCAUCUGUAAUUUGGGAUUUCUUUCCUGCGGAAUGGGGGGAUUGGGGGGAUUAAGUGGAGGUAUUGGUGGUGGAAGCAGUGGGGGUGGUUUGGGUGGGUUGGGUGGAGGAGCAUCGUCCCUCUUUGGAGGAGGUGGUGGUGGAUCAUCCCCGUUUGGAGGGAGUGGUGGCGGUGCCAGCUCGUUUUCGAAUCCGUUGGGCGGAAUUUUCAGUUCAAGAUCUGGACAUGCAGCGCAGCAGUUGCAAGAACAGGCGAGCCCGAUUUACAAAGCGAUUGACGAAGGGUACAAAAAGUACCAGUAGAGAGAAAAUUGACCUUAUUUAAAUUUAAUUAAUAUCGGUCUAAUUUUGACCGUCCGUUCAUCACUAUUCGUCAAAAAUGUCAUCAGUUUU